AUGCAAAAAUUUGUUCGACCCUCCAACAACAGUCUGACAUCACAACUAGGAAGACUUGUUUUCGGACGUUCUUUCAUAUUUGCCUGUCUAGUUUUUCUAACAGUCUUUUUAGUUUAUUUGUUUGUUUCUCACUUGUCAAAUUCCGCUCUCUCAAAACAACAAGAAAAUUCAUCACAUUCACUCAAUGAUGAUGGCCCUGUUACACUCAUCGAAAAUGGAAAGAAGAAAUCUCUUGUUCCGAACGAUGAUGAAGAAGACAACACCCCAGUAGAUCCUCGACUUCCAAAGAGACAACAAGUCGAUUUUCAAAAACAUGAAACCAUUGAAAGAAUGGAUGAUAUAGAAUAUGAUGCAAGAGUGUCGAAACAUGAAUUUUUAAAGAGUGACAAGAUUGAUAUUGAAUACUUUGCCAAGGGUAUCAUUUUGUCGAACAGGUUGGAACCUUUUUAUAUCAAUGAAGAAUUAGAACAACAAGUUUCAAUUCGAAGCAAUCCAAAUCGAUUGAAAAAAUACUUUUUCACACCCGAGUUGAGACAAAAGAUUAAAGGUAGCUCCAUGACCGAUAGAAGAAAGAAGGAAAUUUAUAAAAUUGGGGAGUUGAAAGGAGACAGAUAUAGUGUCACGACUGACGUUCCGGGUUUUAAAGUCCAUGUGAAAUUCAACCAUAUUCCUUAUCGAGAUGAUUUUGUUAACUAUCCUUUCGUAAAACCAAGAACAAAAACGGCAUACUGUGAAGAGGACAAUUUGUGCCAAACUGAACAUGGAAAUAACAUGUGCUCGAUUUGUGACAUUGGAAAAGACAAGAGAGAAAGCAAAUUCUUUUACAAGAGUUGGUGUUACAAACCAAAUAUUGAUUUUGCAAUUGUCUCUAUCGAAGAUGGUAUUUUAGAUUACGGAACCGAUCAUGCUGAAGUGAGACACUCGAUUUUUGACAAGAGUGGAAACUUGUACUCCAUGCCAAUAUGGCAUCCAAUCAAACUUCAAGACGAACGCAAAUGGAGCGUUGCUUACAAUCCUCAAAUUGCUGUGGUAGGAAAUGUUUGGUUCCCAAGUGCUGUGGGACACUUUCCAAUUGAAAUUUUACCAAGAAUUAUUCUCCUCUCGACCUAUCUUCCAUUGAAUAUUCCAAUUCUUGUCUACGGUGGUGAAUAUGUCGAAAAAACCAUCAAAGUAUUAUACUUUUUGCAUUCCAAUGAAGAUGUCUAUACUCCACUCACGACCGAUAUUGCAUUGAGAGUGGCCUCAAGUGCGCUUCAACAACCUCUCAAACGUAAUUUAAUUGCAAACCCAAUUCGAAAGGACACAAAGAGAGAUUACAUUCUAGUUGUAGAUCGAUCCGAUUCCAACAUGAGAAGAAUUAAUAAUAAUGAUGAAAUGGUCAAACAAAUUUCUAAUGUGGUUAAGGACUCGAUGGAUGUGAUUCCUGUGAAAUUGUCACAAUUAAGCUCCUUUUUGGAAAUUGGAAAAGUAUUUUAUGAUGCCAAAGCAAUCAUUGCACCACACGGUGCAGGUCUUGCAAAUUUGAGUUUUGCCAAAAGAUCCACCAAAUUCGUCAUUGAAAUUGGAUGGCCAGGAAGACCUAAAGAAUUCCAUUGGCCAGGUGAUUACUAUUGUCAAUCGAGAGGGUCAGGUCUCAAGUAUUACGCUGUCACUGCAGUAGAGGGACAUUACAGUUCCUCGGGUGGAAUGAAAGUGGAUGUGGAUGAAAUUGUGAGCAUUGUGAAGGAUGAAUUCAAACUGUAA